UUACAUUUACACAAUCCAUUGGAGCACUGAACAUGAUAUUGCAUAAUGGGUAUAUUUUACCAUAUGCACAAUCCGCUGGAGUUGGUCUUAGGUGAACAACUCACCACACCCAAAGGCCAAAGUCGCACACCAGUACACCACCAACGAAAAACAAACAUCGAAUGAAUCGCCUGCUCUGUUUAAAACGUAAGCAUCUAACUUCUCUGUUCUCAUCGAAAAGUCUCCCUUAUUCACUCCCCCGCCCCGGGAUCUGCCGAUUCCUACAGAGCCAUUCGAAUUUCUCAUCGACAUUUCUUUGUUUUCUAAACGAGGAAUGUCUUCCAUCGCCGCAGGAUCUGCCGUUUCCUUCACAGGCAUUAGAAUUUCCGGCAGAUCUUCACUCCCAGGCCGCCAGAUAUUCAUUCCGUUGCGGCAACCUUCGUCGGCUCUUAAGCUGCAAUGUGGGUAUGCGAAAUGCGGAUCCGAGAGCUCGUUUCCUCGUCAUGAUGUAAAAGCUCAGGUUGCUGCAGUGGAACACGCUGCUGAAGUUAUACCGAAAGUAGAAGCUCCUGUAGUUGUUGUCACAGGAGCUUCUAGAGGGAUUGGAAGAGCUAUUUCCUUGGCCUUAGGGAAAGCGGGAUGUAAGGUUUUGGUUAAUUAUGCAAGGUCCUCAAAGGAAGCUGAAGAAGUUUGCAAAGAGAUCCAGGCAGGUGGGGCACAGGCUCUUGCUUUUGGUGGAGAUGUCUCCAAAGAGGCCGAUGUCGAAUCAAUGAUGAAAACUGCAGUUGAUGCAUGGGGAACUGUAGAUAUAUUGAUCAAUAAUGCAGGCAUUACUCGGGAUGGUUUGCUGAUGAGGAUGACUAAGUUUCAAUGGCAGGAAGUUAUUGAUUUGAAUCUCACUGGUGUUUUUCUCUGUACACAAGCAGCUGCCAAAAUAAUGAUGAAGAAAAAAAAGGGAAGAAUAAUCAAUAUAGCGUCAGUUGUAGGCCUUGUUGGCAAUCCUGGGCAAGCUAACUACAGUGCUGCAAAAGCAGGUGUAAUUGGACUUACUAAAACCGUGGCAAAGGAAUAUGCAAGCAGGAAGAUAACAGUAAAUGCCAUUGCUCCUGGGUUCAUUGCAUCUGACAUGACUUCUAAGCUAGGGAAAGACAUUGAGAAAAAGAUUUUGGACCAAAUCCCAUUGGCAAGGUAUGGGCAACCGGAAGAAGUUGCCGGACUAGUGGAAUUCCUUGCGCUUGGUCCUGCAGCAAGCUAUAUGACAGGACAGGUUUUGACAAUUGAUGGAGGUAUGGUGAUGUAAGAGGGGUUGCAGUGCUGUUGCACCCAUCAUUUGGUGCUGAUUUGGGCUCCUUAUCAAACGUGGCAUAUUCUAGUUAAAUCUCAUGCGCCAUUUCCAUCAGUUCAUAUGAUGGAACGAUCAUUGUGUUAUACAUUGAAUUCGAAUUCCUAAUAAAAUACUUUACAAACCCCAAAAGAGACCCUAUAACUUUCUUCGAUUCUCUCUACCUGCUACCAUCAUGUGUGGUGUUUUUUUGAACUUUCCUAUUAAUUCUGGAGAGUAGGCUUUUUAUCACUCAAGUUAGGGUAAAAGUUCAAGCGUGGUGUUUUUUUUACUUCAUAAGAUGUGAUAAAAAUUGAGUUCAUAG